UAGGGUUCGUGAUCAACCACCGCAUGCGUUCCGCGUGCUUUUUGCCCAAACCUUCCAAGUUGGUGCUGUCGCUUUCGUGAAGCUAUUGUUUGCUUUCCAGAUAUUAAUCAUUUAAACCAGUAUCACAAUCUGCCAUGACAACUAAAAUAUUUGCUCUAAAGAAUGCAUGGUUCUGUGGGCUGAAGACUAUCCAAAAUAUCAAUUUGAAGAACUUUAGCAUUGGAGCAGUAACUCGAGCACCUGUUAACCUUAAGGGUCGUAGUUUCUUGACUUUGAAAGAUUUCAGUUCAGAUGAGAUCAAACAUCUUCUAUGGGUCUCCAGGGACCUAAAACACAGGAUCAAAUAUGAAAAGCAGUACCUUCCUCUUCUUCAAGGGAAGUCGAUUGCCAUGAUAUUUGAGAAGAGGAGCACCAGAACUAGAAUCUCUACAGAAACAGGUUUUGCUCUGCUGGGAGGACACCCCUGCUUUCUGACCUCUCAGGACAUCCACCUGGGAGUUAACGAGAGCAGCGCUGACACUGCCAGGGUUCUUUCUGGGUUGUGUGACAUAGUCCUGGCGCGAGUGUAUAGCCACACUACUUUGGAAGAUCUUGUGAAGGACUCAUCCAUCCCCAUCAUUAAUGGGCUUUCUGAUCUCUACCACCCCAUCCAGAUCCUUGCUGACUUCCUCACCCUUCAGGAGCAUUAUGGCUCAUUGAGUGGGCUGACUGUGAGCUGGAUCGGAGAUGGGAACAACGUCUUGCACUCUUUCAUGAUGACUGCAGCCAAACUGGGCGUCCAUCUCAGAAUCGCCACUCCUGAGGGUUAUGAUCCAGACAGCAGUGUCCUUCAGGAGGCAAAGAGACUCUCAGAAAAGCAUGGCACCCAGUUGUUCCUGACCUCUGACCCAGUGGAGGCAGCUAGGGGUAGUAACGUCCUGGUGACAGAUACUUGGGUCAGCAUGGGCCAGGAGGAUGAGAAGAAACAAAGGAUCAAGGACUUCCACGGCUACCAGAUCACCAUGCAGACUGCAAAUGUGGCAAAGCUAGACUGGACGUUUCUCCACUGUCUUCCAAGGAAACAGGAAGAGGUGGAUGACCAAGUGUUCUACUCUUCUCGUUCGCUUGUCUUCCCUGAGGCUGAGAACAGGAAAUGGACCAUCAUGGGUCUGAUGGUAUCUCUGCUGACUGACUACUACCCCCAGAUCCCGAAGCCCAGAUUCUAAUCAGCUCCACCUGAAAAUGGCAACCCAAGUUUACAACUGUUUGAGCGUUUAGAGCACAACUGAAAACAGACUGGGUGAAAUUAAUUGAAUUCUUGAAAAACUUUGAAUCAAUCUGCUGUUACAAUGGAGCAAAUUUAAAAUGCACCAUUACUGUGCUAAAUCAAGGGCCUCUCAAAUGCUUUUAAGUACUUUGCAAAUGUUUGAACCUGGUCUGAGAAAGUUGUUGUAUGUUUCUUAGUAUUUUGUUCAAUGUUAUGGCAUUCAUUUUCAAGUACAAAUAAAAACGUCAUUAGAAACA